AUGGAUGAGGCGAUGGGAGCGAGGAUCUUGGCGGGGAUUGAGGAAGGGAGCCUGGAAGAGAUUCUCAAAGCCGUCCGCAGCAAAAUAACCGCCCCGAGCUCCGUCAAACAAACGCACAUCCCGGCGCUUGAUGCCCUCGCGGCAACGAACCUCCGCCGCACGCAGUCGCGCACCGUCUCCCUGUCCGGCCGAGCCCUGCCGCUGCUCUACAAGGUGAUAUCGACGCUCGUAUCGGCGCCGCACUUUUACGCGCUGCUCGUGCUCGACUUGGACGCCCGCUUUGACCCUACCUGUCUGGAGACGGAGGCCUCGAACCUCCAGCACGUCUAUGUUCAGCGGCCCGCGCAGAGCUCGCCCGAACACCUGCGCAGUCUGGUCGCCGGGGCAGAGGCCUUUAUGCUGUAUGAUGACGCUACGAGGCUGAGCAGGGGACGGCAGUGGUGGGGGACAGUUGUGAUGGGCGGUCUCGCGGCGGGUGACCUGACGGCCGGGUGGAAGGGGUGGGCGAGGGUUGAUAGGGCAGCCGUGAUGGGGUUUGCCUUGGGCACGAGUGCGGAGGAGGCUUUGGCGCAGAGGGCGACGAGGGAGCGGGCGGUUAGGGAUGGAGGAUGGGCUAUAUCGAGCUAUAUACUAAUCGUUUCCGCAGCAAAACAACAGCUCCGAGUGCGCCACGACAACAACCACGUCCCCCCUUCCGUCCGCCCUGACGACCUCGUCGCUCGGUUUCCGCUGGACCUUGACGUCUUUCCCAGCAGAGUCCGCCUCGUACUUGGGCCCGUUGAACGUGAUGCCCGUCGUCAUUGUGGCCCCGUCCGCCGUCAACCUCUUCACCACCCACGUCGACCCGGCGCCGACCUUGACACGGUGCUCCCUGAGGUUCAAAACCGCGGUUCUCUCCUGUUCCCCGUUCAAAAAAGCCCCAUGCGCGACAUCCGUGUCGACGUCACCGUCCACCGGCAGGACCUGGACCUCGCCGUUCCUCGAAUCCGCGAGGAACGUGGCGGCCGUCAACUUUCCAUAGUACGCGGGGGUUCGUACAAGCCGGAUUCACAGGCGACCCGAGAGACGGGCGAAGGUGCACGCGCUUAA